AUGUCCACAUCUCUACCAACACCAGCCGCACCAUGGCGCUCGGCGUUUUUAUCCCAUGUCGACAAGAUGGACUCGCCAACAUUUAUGCUAAGCACUCUUCACCAUAGCGGCUCUUCCAUCACGCCUCGUUCUCGCACCGUUGUGUAUCGAGGCAACUGGGCCGAAAUCCCCGUCAACCCCAAGAAUCAGGCGCCACUAAACCCACCUCUAUAUGAGAGUGACCUCCUCACCCUCACCACUGACGCUCGUAUGGAGAAAGUUCAAGAGUUUUCACCAGAAGGGGAGGAAAUUCCGCAGUCUGGUGGCGGAGGGCCCGUCGAGGCCGUCUUUUGGGUCGUCGAGACCAAAACCCAGUGGCGUUUUCGAGGCCGCGCUUUUCUCCUUGGCCAAGACAUCGACGACCCGUCAGCAUCGCACGUCAAGCAGGAGAUAGAGAAGCAUAUGCGGCAGAAGAAGGAGGAUGGCUCGAGCUCGUGGAACUGGGGCAAGGAGAUCACAGCGCAUUUUGGAAACCUGAGUCCCGGCAUGCGAGGAACAUUCCGCAACCCCCCACCUGGGACGAAGCGAGAUGAGAAGCCUGCUGCUGGUCUUGGACCGGGGCAGAAGGUGGAGGAUCUGGACGAUGAGAUUGCGAGGAAGAACUUCCGCGUUGCUAUUAUUGUGCCGGACGAGGUGGAUCAGGUUGAUCUGUCUGAUCCGGCAGAUGGGAAGAGGUGGAAUUAUCGUCUGAGUGAUGGGUCAUGGGAGAAGACUGAACUUUGGCCCUAA